GCGGUUACGCGCGUCAGUCAGUCGCUAACGGGCAGCCCGACGUCGACGCUCCUCCGCCUAAUCUCCACCUUAAUAAGCUGAGAUAUAAAGGGACAAGUAAGCAUAGCCGGGGAGAGGAGAAGACAGCGGGGGAGACAGGAGUAAGAGAAAGCGAAGAAUGAUGAAAGGGGGGAGGAGAGCGGAUCAUUCCGGCUGGCCGCCCCUGCUGCUCUAGUGGAGGGUAGAGAGAGAGAAAGAGAGAGAGGGGGGAGAUGGCACAAAGCCUCAGCAUCCAAAACACACGGGAGCGGUGCACCACCGAGACCGGAUCCCCGCACUCACCAUCAGACAGCAGCAUCAGACCCACCGUUCUUCCGUUUUGCCUCUUCCCGUACGGUAGCGCCUCAGUCUCGGUUAGAGAGGUUGGCUAAGCCCCAAGGAUGCAAGUUGUUUUCAAUCAGUUCUGUAGUUACCAGCUGUGCCCUCACAUUCCCAAGGGUGACACGGCCUAGAUAUUAAUCAUCACUCGCUCCGUCUGUGCGUGUGAUUCCUUUGUGAGGAUCUGAGGGAGAGUACUUCGACCAUAUAUCCCCGAUUGAGACCUUUGCUCCCCGACAUCCAGCACGGCUCCCUCCUUCACCUGCCAUGGUGACAUGACACACCCCUGAGUGGCUUUGCUCCUGUCUCAUACACAUAGACAAUCUCUUGGGUUGCUCUAACCCUCCCCCCCACCCUCACCCACCCCCCCAAAGUCCUGCACACACGCUCUCUUGGCUCCAGAUAACUAAAAAAGACAUCUCUUCCUCCUACACGCAACACCUCCCCAGUUCGCAAUGACAGUGGCUGUGCGCUUCCGCCGCCACUUACGUCGGCUCCUGCUCUUGCUGGCUUCGUGCUGUCUCCUCUCCCUCCUACUCUCUGCCUAUUUUCUCUUUACAAACUCCUCGCCUUCCAUGCAACUUGGACAAUCCGCCGAGCCGGCUUGCUCCCAGCCGCUCUCCAUGUCGCCGUACCGCCAGCUCCCGUACCCAUACCCUCCCAACCCCCCCCACACACACGUCCACACGGACCCGGUGGUGCUGGUGCUGGUGGAGUCCCAGUACUCCCAGCUGGGCCAGGACAUCGUGGCUAUACUGGAGUCAGCACAUUUCCAGUUCCGCAUGGAGAUUGCCUCAGGAAAGGGCGACCUUCCGCCGCUGACGGAGAAGGGCCGCGGACGAUACUCGCUCAUCAUUUACGAGAACCUUUUGAAGUAUGCCCAUGCAGACACGUGGAACAGGCAGCUGUUGCAUCAGUACUGUACCGAGUACAGAGUUGGCAUCAUAGGUUUCUACCGCUCCACUGAGAACUCCCCAUCCGUCCUCAAACUGCGAGGCCUGCCGCUCGUGUUGAGGACCAAUCAGGCGCUUUGGGACUGCUGCGUGGUGUCUAGCUCGCCUCUCCUUCACCUGACCAAACCCGGCACAGAUCGAGGGGCUUUACCUGGGGAGGACUGGACCUCGUUCUCCUCUAAUCACUCCACGUACCAGGCUGUGCUGCACGCACGGGCUAAGGAAGGACCAGGGGCGGGCAGCGGAGAUAAUCCAGGACCGGGCUUCAGCCUGGGCCUCCAGGCCACAGUCGUACAGGACAUGGGACUCUAUGACGGGGUGAGGAGAGUGCUCUUUGGCCAGGGACUGGGCUACUGGCUCCACAGACUCAUCCUGGUGGAUGCCAUCUCCUACCUCACAGAUAGGAAACUCACUUUGGGUCUGGACCGGCACAUACUGGUGGAUAUAGAUGACAUUUUUGUGGGGAAAGAAGGGACGCGCAUGAACACCAAGGAUGUUAAGGCACUCCUUGAUACGCAGAAGCAACUGCGUUCUCAGAUCUCCAACUUUACCUUCAACCUGGGCUUCUCUGGGAAGUUCUACCACACAGGCACAGUGGAGGAGGACGAGGGAGACGAUCUUCUGCUGAAGUAUGUUGAUGAGUUCUGGUGGUUCCCCCACAUGUGGAGCCACAUGCAGCCUCACCUCUUCCACAACGAGUCCUCACUGCUGGAGCAGAUGGUCCUCAACAAGGAGUUCGCUCUGGAGCACAACAUCCCAGUGGAUAUGGGCUACGCCGUGGCCCCUCACCACUCCGGCGUCUACCCGGUGCACCUGCAGCUUUACGAGGCUUGGAGACGAGUGUGGAACAUUCGGGUCACCAGCACCGAAGAGUACCCCCACCUCAAACCUGCCCGUUACCGUAAAGGCUUCAUCCACAACAACAUCAUGGUGCUGCCUCGCCAGACGUGCGGCCUGUUUACCCACACCAUCUACUAUAAGGAAUACCCCGGAGGACCUAAAGAACUGGACAAAAGCAUCCGGGGAGGAGAGCUGUUUCUCACCGUGCUGCUGAACCCCAUAAGUAUAUUCAUGACCCACCUGUCUAACUAUGGCAACGACCGACUGGGUCUCUACACGUUCGUCCACCUGGCCUCCUUCCUUCGUUCGUGGACCAACAUGAAACUCCACACGCUCCCGCCCCUCCAGCUCGCGCACAAGUAUUUCCAGCUUUUUCCCGAACAAAGGAACCCACUCUGGCAGAACCCGUGCGAUGACAAACGACAUAAAGACAUCUGGUCCAAAGAGAAAACCUGCGAUAGGUUACCCAAGUUCAUGGUCAUAGGGCCACAGAAAACAGGAACGACUGCACUUUAUCUCUUCCUACUCAUGCAUCCCUCCAUCUCCAGCAACUUCCCCAGUCCAAAGACUUACGAGGAGGUCCAGUUCUUCAACACCAACAACUACCACAAAGGGAUUGACUGGUACAUGGAGUUUUUCCCCGUGCCCUCUAAUGUUAGCACGGACUUCCUGUUUGAGAAGAGCGCCAACUAUUUCCCCUCCGAGGAGUCCCCACGGCGAGCUGCUGCCCUGCUGCCCAAGGCCAAGAUCAUCACCCUGCUCAUCAACCCCUCUGACAGGGCCUACAGCUGGUAUCAGCAUCAAAGAGCUCACGAGGACCACGCGGCCCUACGGUUCACCUUUUAUGAUGUCAUCAGCGCAAGACAGGGAGCGCCAGCUGAGCUGCGCUCCCUGCAGAGCCGCUGCCUCAUCCCCGGCCUGUACGCUACACACCUCGAGCGGUGGCUGACGUACUACCCUGCUAACCAGGUGAUGAUCAUAGACGGCCACCAGCUGAGAACUGACCCUGCAGCAGUGAUGGACGAAGUACAGAAGUUUCUGGGAGUCACUCCUCACUUCAACUACUCCCAGGCCCUUACCUUCGACCCUCAGAAGGGCUUUUGGUGUCAGCUGCUCGAGGGAGGGAAGACAAAGUGUUUGGGAAAAAGCAAAGGAAGGAAGUACCCUCCUAUGGAGCCAGAGGCACGUGCGUAUCUCUCCAGGUACUACAGGGAGCACAAUGUGGAGCUGUCAAAGCUGCUACACCGCCUCGGUCAGCCCCUUCCCUCUUGGCUUAGAGAGGAGCUGCAGAAGAUAACCUUUGCGUCCAUGAGCCAGGGUUAAAGGUCGCCGGGGUCGGAGACGAGGAAGCGACCAGGAGCGUCCGGGGACCUUCGGACGCGCUGCCUGUGGCCUUUUCGUGCACCCUGAGGUGAAGGCAAAUGCGGGGUGCCUCGUUUCACCAAGGAGCUCUGACGCUGCUGGAGGGAGCGACGGUCAUGGAGGCCGCGAAAGAACUAAAGCUGAAAGAGAACUUGUGGAUGGAUGGAUGGAUGGAUGGAUGGAUGGAUGGAUGGAUGGAUGGAUGGAUGGAUGGAUGGAUGGAUGGAUGACUGUUUCAGGUGACAAAAGAGCUCUGAAGAAAGUGGAACUGGACUGAAACAACACAUUAUAAAAAUGAAGAGAACAAUGGGAGACAUUGUGAAUUUGACUUGUUGCCCAAACCUCGUUCUGAACUGCGAUGAACUCUCGCGCAGACGUUGAUGGUUAUUAAAAUUUCUUUUAUUUCCACUUUUUAAAUUAUGUUGCCAGCACGGCGCUGGUCAGCUGUGCAUGGUUCCCAUAGACUUGACUGUAUCUACAGGUUUUAUUUUUGUUUUUCUUUUCUACAGUACGAUAGAGAAAAAGACGGAUGAUAAAUGCACAGACCUCAGGGUGAAUGACAGGCUUGUUACUUUCCACAUUGAGUUCUCAUCGUUCUGUGAGUCGUUUUACUUUCACUCGAAGCUAGUUUCUGGUAGGUCGGGCGGCUUCGUUCUCCCACAGAGAUGUCACUGGAGACAUUAGCUGGAAAGCCUGGACUGGGAAUGAGUCAGUGAAGCACAAAGCAUUAUUUUCCUCGUGACAAGUCACGCAGAAGGACGUUGCGUCCGUUUAGCAGACAAUGAGCGCCGGAGGGCCGGGGACUGUUGAGUUUGUGGGUAGAAGAAUGACCUAAAUCAGCCCAGCGGAUGUGACACUUCAUUCCAAGCCUCUUUAAGUAGCUGCUGUAACUGCAGGCGAUUUUUACGUUGUCUGUGUCUCAUUUGAUUUUCCUUUUAUGUUCCUUUUGUAAUCCCUGUGGCCUAUGUUAUAUCUUCAUUUUCAAUGCAAAAAAAAACAAACAAAAACAACCCUAAAUGUCAAACACAAAAACCAAAAUUAAAGAAAUGGAUAUGACUGACAGCA